AUGAAGUCCCUUGUGCCCAGAAACCUGUCCCAACCCAGCACAGGCAGGAGCCAUUCGACUAGGCGUUUGUAUGAAGAACUUCUGAGGUACUACAUUCCGGGAUUCCGGCUGUUCUCCCACCUUGUCACGAAGCAUCUUGGCCUGAACGCGCCUAAGUACCUGCCGUAUGUGACAUUUGCCGUGGUUCUGUCGUAUGCCGCCAAGCGGCUCUCCAGAUGUUUCUGGAAGAUCUUGCGCUUCCUGUGGACGACGACGGUGGAGGUCUCGCCGGAUGACAACAGCUACGAGUUCUACAUGCUGUGGAUGGUGCACAACAAGCCCCUGAGCAGGGUGACCGGGUACGUGACGGUGACGGACGACAAGAGCGGGCAGGUGGAGGAGGACACUGACGGUGGGAACGGGCUGCAGGAUACGGGCGCCUGCGAUAAGGAGGUGAUCGAGUACGACGACUGGCGGCGGACGAUCGCGCUGAUCCGGAUGCAGCGCAUCACGUUCACGCCGCGGCCGGGCACGUACUUCUACCUGUACCGCGGGCGGCUGAUCAAGAUCCAGCGCGUGCGCAUCAAGGAGAGGAGCUCGCUCGUGAUUGUGACAGGCUCCACCAAGCGAGCCAAUCGGGGUCAAUUGAACCCCGAAGGUCCGGCCGGCUUCAGCCUUGAGCAGUGGAAGUACUUUAAGACCACGAUUCCCAUAACCCUAUUUCUUCAUCCACCACAGAUCCUUAGGCCAAUCACUCGAUAUCCCAUACCUAGAGAACCAAUGCAGCCCUUCUCCGUUUUCGUCCGCUGGCGCCCCCUGCCCCCCGAGCAGACCGACAACCGCGAACUCACCCGCAACUAUGAAACCCACCCAUCCAACCGCAUAUCAAUAUCUCUCCCCAAACAGACCACCCAAGACCGCCUCUGGCAAAGCCAGCCAGCAUUCACGCAGAUCCUUGAUCCCAACACAACCAACAAAGCCGUCUUCGACGCCGUCGCCGCCCCGACACUACCCCGCGUCCUGGCCGGAGGAACAAGCAACAUCUUCGCGUACGGCCACUCCGGCAGCGGCAAAUCGCACACGAUGAUCGGCCUCGAGGCCCUCAACGCCAACACCACCAACACCACCACCCCUACAUCCCCCCUAUGCAUCGGACUAAGGAUGUACGAGCUCCGCGGAUCCGAAGCCUUCGAUCUGCUAAACAGCCACACAAGAUGUCACGUCCGAGAAGGCAGCGACAACCGCACGCACAUCCGAGGCGAGACCGAGACGCUGGAAGGCGGGCGGUUCCGCACGACACUACUCUCCGGCCUUGCGUUGCGGGAAACCGGCUCCUCGACGAUGCAUGAUCUGAGUUCGCGGACGCAUGCGGUGGUGGAAGUGGAGGUCGUCUCGCGGGCGUUGCUGGGCGCGCGGGAGGCGGUCAUCGAGCGGGUCGCUGAGCUAGUCCCUGUUGGCAAACGCGCGACGGAUGUCUAUCUUGAGGAGAAUAUGAAGGCGUUUGUUAAGGAUGAUGCCGGGCGGUAUGUGCCUAAUCCUGAAUAUACGGUCAAUCAGGCGCGGAUUGAUGCCGCCGAGGCGGAGAAGGCGGUGUUCGAGGCUGCCGUCCAGCGAGCUGAGGAGUAUGUAGAGGAGGUGUUGCAUGCCUCCGGGCAGGCGUGCCUUGAGGGCAAGCUUGUGUUUGUGGAUUUGACCGGCUCGGAGUUUUACCAUGAUAAGACGGUUAAUGCCCUGGCGUCCAGGAAGAAGCCUCCUCCGUUGGAAAUGCGGCAGGGAAGGCAGAUUAAUACCGAUUUGCUGGCGUUGAAGGAGGUUAUUCGUGCGAGGGCGAGCAAUGCGUCGCGGAUUCCAUAUCGCGCGUCGCCGUUGACUUUGGUCCUCCGGGAGCAUUUUCGGGGGGAUGAGGAGGGGGCCACGGAUUCUUGUUCGAGGAUGAUCUUGACGGUUUCGCCGGCUGUCGAUCAGGCUGCUGCUACGGUGAAUACCUUGAAGUAUGGGAGUUUGGUUGGUAUUGCUGCGCCAGAGAAGUAGGACGGAAGAUCAAAUGGUGUGUAUGUAGAGUACAGUUAGUGGUAGAAUAGGAAUUAGAACAGCGAUUCGACC